AUUGGUUUCCUAAUGCUUAGUAUAGUAGUCGUGGAUCACAUGAUAAUCACGUGAUCUCGAAUAUUUUGUAUACGCUAUAUUAGUGUCAUUUUUACGAGUUAGUUUUAUUAACAUUUCUAAUAUAAUUCAGAUCAUCAUUGAUAUGUACUAAAAUUAAGGAAAAUGUAAAACAUUAAUUUCCGGAACCUUCCGAUCUAUUUUUGACCAAUCGGGUUGGAGCGGUCAGUUUAAAUACAAGGCCUUUGUUACUGGUCAGUACAAUAUCAGACAGCUGACAAUCAACAGGUGGAUCAAGUUUUCAAGUUUCUCCAGUAAUCUAUUCCGGAUAAAAAAAUAUAUCAUUGUUGUUGAAAUCAAUUCACAACAAGAAAAUGUAACGGGGAACUCCCAUCUUUACUUUACUUAGGGUGAGUUAUACUGUUGUAUUAGAUUACGUUAAAUACUAUUGUCGUAUUAUAACAUACUGUCACUCACAGGGUAUUUUAUGACAGGUAUAUAAGUUCAUAUGUAAUCUGAACGUACAUGAAAUGAAUGAGUAUAUGUAAGUGUAUGAAUAACUUGAUUAAUGUAAUUUAGUGAAUGCAAUUACAUUAUUAUCAAAAUGUUAUCAUUUACCAUUCUUUUAUUAUUUUUAUCAUGAAUAAUUGAUUUGUCAAAUAUAUUGUCUGCGAGGAACUGAAUGUUUUUCUAAUAUGUUUGCAGACAAAUGCCAGAAAACACGUGAUGGACAAUAAAUAACAUGGAAUGAAAACAUCUUGUGGACAGACAUUCUGCAGACAGAAUGACGGUUACUCCAAAACUGAUGGUCACUUUAUUAGAGUGUGGUCUGGCCGAUGUCCAUGCGUUCCGGGUGGUGGAUUUGACCCACGAGUUGAGUGACACGACCCUUUUGGCCUGGAAAUCCGCAGUACAAUUUAACCAUACUGGCCAGGGGACAGUUCGGCGGAUUUUGAAAUGGCGGAACUUACAGAUCACCGGCAGUGUCGUCAACGGAUCCCGACAUUGGAGCACAGAUCUAGAGCAACAACUUCAACUAGAUCUUCAUCAUCUGCAUCCAGAUUUUGGCCUGUAAGGAUAGCAGAUGAAAACGAGGACAGGAUAAAAAUCCACUACAUUGGCUGGCCUAAAUCCUACGAUGAAUGGAGGGUGAGGGAGGAUGUAAAGGAAAUAUCCAACAUAAGAGACAAUGCUCUGUGCAAGCAACUAAGUGUCCAGAUCAAAGAACAUUUAAAUUCCAAGUCAUUACAAAAUGACUCCAAGAUAAGUCUAAAGAUACCUGUUAUAGAUACGGAAGAGUUUCAGAAUUUGCAAAGGAGUGGGAAAAUAUAUAAAGUGACACCCCACAAAGUUGUUUACAAUAUCAAACAUAGACACGACUUAGAAAAAAUCCUAGGUGUUGGAUGGGAUUACAGAGUAAUCAGUGAGAAUGGCGAUAACUUUUUUGUAAAGACAGAGACAGUAAAAUUUUGGAUUUACAAACGGAAGCCACUUAAAGAAUUUAUCUUAUAUCCUGGUCACCAAGAAGAGUCCCUCAUCGACAGAGGAAUAUGUCUUACUUUCACAUUUGUGGUGUGCUCUGGAAAUAGGGGAAAACUUCCCUUUUUACAAAAUGCAGAUGUUUUGUAGACACUUCACAAUCACAUCAGGUAUCAUAUCAGUAGAUACAUUUCACACUGUUCUGCUUACUUUUAAGUAAUAAGUUUAAUUAAUACAAUUAAUUCAGUAUUUUCACAUUUUGUGUGAAUUCUGAAAUGUCUAGAUUUACUUAUUUGUAUCUAAAGACUGUAAAGUGCAGUUAUAGAUAAUCCUAGGUUGUUUCCAAGCCAAUUUUGAAAAGAUGUAUAUCAGUAAGUACACACUUUUCAAUAUUCUGAAAUCCAAUUUUUGGAACAAGUCUUUAUCCAAUGACGCCUCGGUUUUUCUUUGAUCUUUUGUUGGCGAUAUAUUGCAUACUCUUGAGGCGGGGCCAAUUUCAAAUGUAGGCGUGACAAAUGAACAAAGACAGGAAAUGCAUUUCAAACAAAAUUUAAUGAAAUACGAGUGCCGUUUAGAAAUUUUCCGUCUUCUUUCUUCACCUUAUAUGCACGUACAGCCCUGCUGCGAUGUACCGUUCUGUCCAUAAUGAGUUGUUCAUCAAAACCUGACCAAACAGAAUAUAAAACCCUGUUCAUAUUUUAUUAAGUAAAAUCUAUUUUAACAGGUCAGUAAAAAAAA